AGAACCAGAAAUCAAAUUAUCUCUCUUUUUUUUUUUUGGUAAUUUAUUAUCUUUUUUAGGGUUUAGGUACAGCCGUUAAUGGAAGGAGGAGAUGUGGAGUUUUGGGGAGGAGAAGACGUAAUCAGAGAAAUCGACUGGAGCAGUAUCUUCAACGACGGCUUCCAUGGCGGCGCCAACAUUUUGGAGUGGGAUCCGCCGGCUGUUAUAACGGAUUCGUCCGCCUCGGUGUCUUCUUCGUCGUCUUCGCCGAAGGCCGAUGCUUUCUUAAAAAAUUCGCCAGAUUCUGUUCCCUCGUGGACCGAUGGGAUCGAGAAGCUGUUGAUGGAAGACGACGAUGAUAAUAAGGUUUCUCCGGAGCCUUCCUCCGAUUACUGUGAACGCUUUCUGGUGGAUUUGCUUGUCGAUUCGCCUGCCGACGUGUCCGGUGAGGCCGUCGCCGCUUCCACCAACUCUGAUCCCAACGUCACCGCUGAUGCCUACGCUAAUUCCGAGGAAGAAGAGGAGAAGGAGAAGGUGGAGGCUGCAGAGGUCGACGACGAAGCUGAUGAGCCCAUUUCCAAGAAACAAAAAAGGCAGCUGAGAAAUAGAGAUGCGGCAGUGAGAUCGAGGGAGAGGAAGAAGCUAUAUAUGAAGGAUCUGGAGAUGAAAAGCAAGUAUCUGGAAGGAGAAUGCAGGAGAAUGGGGCGUUUGCUCCAGUGCUGCUAUGCGGAGAAUCAAGCUUUACGGGUUACUUUGCAGAUGGGCGGUGCAUUUGGUGCUUCCGCAACCAAGCAGGAGUCUGCUGUACUCUUGUUGGAAUCCCUGCUGUUGGGUUCCCUGCUUUGGUUGGUGGUCAUCACGUGCCUGUUCAUCCCGCCAGCAAUUCUGGAAGCGGUUCUGAUGAGAGAAGACAAGGCAAAGAGAGCUCCAGAAAGAGUGGCUCCAAGAGAAGCAGGAGGGACAAGAAGUGAGAUAUUUGGAUACGCGGUGGGUCAACGCCAAUCUGGUUUUGUAAAAAGUAGGAGGAGGACAUGCAAAGCGUCCUGGACGAAGAUGAAGCACUUCCCCUGUCUCUCACCGCUUGCUCUAGUUUAAUAUCUUGGUUGGUUUAUGAUAUCAUAUGAUAUGAUGAGGGUUUAAUUCCAUUUUAGGUGAUUUCAUCCGGUUUAUCGUGGCAGUUUGAGCCAUAAUGACGUAUCACAUAUGUGAUUAUAUGGUUGAUCUGACCUCUUAUGUUUAUAUCUUGCUUUGCAUUUUUUAAUUU